AGAAUCAGAAUGGAUGAAGGUGGAGAAUCGUCGCAUUUUUAUCAGUCAUUUCGAAUUGACUUUUCAGCUGGAGCGAAAACCGCCGACGACUUUUCACAGCUCGGUUCGCUGAAGGAUCGUAAAAGCGAUUGGGAAAGCUCCGCGAAGGAAACGACAGUGGUCGAUAAGAAAACGUCUGCGGUUGAGGAGGAAAUUGCCGCAGGCAAAGUUAAAGCGAACCUCGAAAGGUUCGUCACUGGUGCAGCAAAUGAAGCAGAAGAGGACGAGGAAGAGGACGACGCGAAUCGCGAUCCGAAUAUUAUUCGAGAAGAUAGAAAGAAACACAAAGAAGAUCUCAAUUUCGAACAGGUUGGUGACAUCAAAAAUAAGUGGAAGAGUGGUAAUGUGGAAGGUGCGGAGGUGAAGGAAUUGUCCAAGGAGGAUUUGGAAGAGCUGAAGAAGGGACCAGGUGUUAAGGAGCGUUUCAAGGAGCGAACUGAGGAGGAUGAACAGGUUACUACAAAACAGUGGGAUCGCAGUGAACUGGACACAUCUGGUUUGUCACAUCUUUCAGAAUAA